AUGUUCACCCUCCAAAUCCACACCGUCGACACCCCCAAGCCCCUCUUCACCACCACCUCCUCCGCCACCAUACACGGCCCUAACCCUAAUAAUGACAAUAAUAGUAGCAGUUCAAACCCAACCGAGCUCCGAGGCGUAGCCCAUCUCUUCCGCCACCUCCCACCCACCACAACCACAGCCACGGCCACCCCUUCCUCCAACACCACCGCCCGGACCACUCUCCUCUUUGUCGUUGCCGUGCCCAACUACCUUUCCACCAAUGAAUUCCUCCUCUUCUGUGGGUCCCAUCUUGAUCACUGCUGCGAACUCAUUUUUCUCAGGAAUGAUGCAAUGGAGGAUAGGUAUAGUGUGUUAAUUAGGCUUGAGAAUCAGUUGACAGCAGAUGGGUUCUACCAUACUUUCGAUGGGAGACGGUUUAAGCCCUUUGAGGCUGAGGUCUGCCAUAUAUACUUUACUCAGUCAGUGGAGUACACAGACUCAGCGGAGAUUGCGGGCACACCUCCACCAGGUUUUACUGAAUUGCCAACUUGUCCGGUCUGUCGACUUUGCCAGCGGCAUGAUGAGAAACCGGCCUGUGCCGUUUGUGGAUCAUUAAAAAACCCCUGGGUUUGCCUGAUAUGUGGUUUUGUGGGAUGUGGAAGGUACGAAGAAGGGCAUGCCAAAAACCAUUGGAGUGGUACGCAGCAUUGUUAUUCUCUUGAAUUGGAGACACAGCAGAUUUGGGAUUAUGUUGGAGACAACUAUGUUCAAAGAUUGAAUCAGUCAAAAGCUGAUGGCAAGUCAGUCAUGACGAAUGCUCACUGUGUGUCGCUUGAUGGAGAAUGUGGCACUUGUGCGAAUAAUGAGGAUUCUGGAAUUGGUGAUGCACUUUUGAGCAGCAAAGUUGAAGCGAUUGUGGAUGAAUACAUUCAUCUUCUUGCAACUCAGCUGGAGACUCAAAGACAACAUUACGAAUCUCUACUCGCUGAGGCAAAGACUAGUAAGGAAAGCUCCAUAUCCAAUGCAGUGGAUAAGGCUGUAUUUUCAAGGAUGCAGGAUAUGCAAUAUAAAUUGGAAAAAUAUCCCGAGGAAAAGAAGGCUGUUGCCAAUAGGAAUCGCGAUCUUAUGAAAAAUGAUGAAGCCCUGCAAAAAAAGUUAAAGGAAAUUCAAGAGAGUGAAAGUUCAUCACUGAGGUCAAGAGACCAAAAGAUACUGGAUUUGGAAGAACAGAUUAGAGACAUGAAGAUUUAUGUCGAAGCCCAUAGAAUGCUUGCUAACUCAACCGAUUCAGAUGGCAUCAAAGGUGGGACACUUUUGCCGCAUUACGAAUCUCUACUCGCUGAGGCAAAGACUAGUAAGGAAAGCUCCAUAUCCAAUGCAGUGGAUAAGGCUGUAUUUUCAAGGAUGCAGGAUAUGCAAUAUAAAUUGGAAAAAUAUCCCGAGGAAAAGAAGGCUGUUGCCAAUAGGAAUCGCGAUCUUAUGAAAAAUGAUGAAGCCCUGCAAAAAAAGUUAAAGGAAAUUCAAGAGAGGUACUGUCAUCUUCUCCAUUGACAUGCAUGUUAAGUUUGCGCGUCUUGUUCAUCUGUAUUGGUUGAUGGGACAGUAAUACUACUUUUGCUUUCUAAACAACAUCGUGAUACUUUCUUAUGAUUUAGUUUACUGUGGGUACGGGAAACUCUAUGUAGUCUUUAGUUGUACUUGUGAAACGACUUCUUCCUUUUUUCUGAUUUCUGGUUAAUUUUUUUUUUUUUGGGAAGGGAAAGGGGGAAGGGAACAUGAACCCUUAACCAAGAAAAUGCCUUUACAAAUCAAAGAGUACCAUUGGACCAACGGCCCAUUGGUUUCUGGUUAAAUAACCAGUACAGUUGGAUAUGAAAUGAAUACUAAUAUCUAGCAUUAAAAUGCUUCCUAUGCCAAUUCCAGACCAAG